AUGAGCAAACCCCAUCGAUUCUCCCUCUCAUUACUAACCAACUGCAAAACUCUCAAAUCCCUCAAACAAAUCCACGCCCAAGUCUUGAAAAAAGGUCUCGACUCUGACCCCUUCGUGGCCGGAAAACUCCUCCUUCACUGCUCCAUAAACCUCUCCGAUUCCCUUGACUAUGCGCACCGCCUUUUCACCUACACUCCAAACCCAGAUGCUUUCAUGUACAACACUCUCAUUCGGGGGCUUGGUGAAUCAGAAACUCCUCAAAAGUCACUGUCUAUAUUCACUCACAUGCUCGGAUAUUCAAAUUCCCCGCCUGAUAGCUUUUCUUUUGCAUUUCUGCUCAAAGGGGCAGCCAAUGCUAGGUGUUUAAGAAUGGGUUCUCAGCUGCAUUGUCAAGCACUUGUGCGUGGGCUUGAUUCUCAUGCUUUUGUUGGGACUACUAUUGUUAGUAUGUAUGCAGAAUGUGGGAUAGUUGACUUCUCGAGGAAGAUGUUUGAUGAAAUGCCUGAACCAAAUGUUGUUGCGUGGAAUGCGAUGCUCACGGCUUAUUUUAGGUGUUACGAUUUAAAGGGUGCUGAAGGGAUAUUUUAUUUAAUGCCUUUUAGGGACUUAACUUCGAUGAAUGUGAUGCUUGCAGGGUAUACUAAGGUUGGUGAGCUUGAGCUUGCAAAGAAGUUGUUCUUGGGGAUGUUAAUUAAGGAUGAUGUUUCGUGGAGUACAAUCAUUAUUGGCUUAGCUCACAGUGGUUCUUAUGAUGAGGCAUUGAGUUACUUUAGGCAGUUGCGGAGGCUUGGGUUGACACCCAAUGAGGUAAGCUUGACAGGGGUUCUAUCUGCCUGUGCACAAUCUGGGGCAUUGGCGUUUGCAAUAACAUUGCAUGGAUUUAUUGAGAAAUCUGGAAUGGUUUGGAUUCUUUCAGUGAAUAAUGCACUUUUGGAUACUUAUUCUAAGUGUGGGAGUUUGGAUAUGGCUUGUUUGGUUUUCAAGAGAAUGCCAGGAAAGAAGAGUAUUGUUUCGUGGACUUCAAUGGUUACUGGGCUUGCAAUGCAAGGGUAUGGUGAGGGCGCGAUAAAACUUUUUAAUGAGAUGAAGGAAUCUGGUACCAAACCUGAUGGGAUCACUUUUAUCUCUAUCCUUAAAGCAUGCAGUCAUGCUGGGCUAAUUGAACAAGGGUACAAGAUUUUCUCCAAAAUGACAGAAGAGUAUGGAAUUGAUCCAACCAUUGAGCAUUAUGGCUGUGUGGUCAACCUAUAUGGCCGGGCUGGUCUGCUGCAAAAAGCAUAUGAUUUUGUGAUUCAAAUGCCAAUUCCUCCUACAGCUAUUAUUUGGCGAACACUUCUUGGGGCUUGUAGCUUUUUUGGAGAUGUUGUUUUGGCUGAGCGAGUUAAGGAGAGACUUGCUAAGGCAGAUCCUGAUAAUUCGGGUGACCAUGUUCUGUUGUCAAAUACCUAUGCUGUUGCUGGGAAGCAAAAUGAUGUUGUCAUGACAAGAGAAUCAAUGGCAGAGCUGAAGAUGAAGAAAAUUCCUGGUUGGAGCAUGAUUGAAGUGGACAAAUUCUAAUAUUGUUCUGUGCUUGAUGUAUAGGAGGAUUUGAUAAGAGGAAGCUUUCCAGAAGCUGAGAAGAAAACCUAGAGCUUACAACUGAGGAAUGCAACAUUCCAAAUACCCUAGUCUUGCCACCUGUUUUCUUGAUACACAAAUAAAGUUAACCAACUCCCUGUCUCUAUACACUCACUCAUGCACGCACAGGGGCUCAAA